AUGUACAACAUUCCUGGUAAAGACUGGUUGGCUUCUUUUCUUUCACGACAUCAAUAUCUUUCACGGCGGCUUGCUAACAAUAUCAAAAGAGUCCGAGCUCAAGUAUCGGAAGAUGUAAUUUCCAAUUUUAUAGAAAACAUCGACAAAGAACUAGAAAGCGUUCCACCCGAAAACAUAUUCAACUACGAUAAAAGUAAUCUUUGUGAUGAUCCAGGAAAAAAGACUAUAUUAUGCAGAAGAGGAACAAAAUAUCCGGAAACAACAGUAAACACUACAAAAGUUAAUUGUACUAUCGUGUUCUGUGGCAACGCCGCUGGGGAAACAGUUCCACCGUUCAUCGUUUCUCGUUCAUCUCUGGUCGACUUGGACUGA